AUGCUAAGACUAACAAUACAAUGUCAGUCAGAGUUUAAAAAAAUAGAAAGUUCAAAGCGAUCUGGUUCUGGUGCGUCCAAUGUAUAUAAGCCCACUAUUUGUUGGUUUGAAGAAAUGCACUCAUUUUUGAAAGACUCGAAUGAGUAUCGUCCAACUACAAGUACUGAAGUUUCUCAUGAUGACCCGGGAUCACCAAAUAAUGACGACACCCAGCGGCCUAGAAGUGCUUCGCAGUCAUUAAUGAGCGAAGAUAGACCUGACUCUCGAAGCACUACACAAUCGGAAAUGGAAACUAGACCUCGGUCACAAGUAGGAAUUGGACCUAUGUCACCCACUGAGGAAGAAUCUACCACGAGUCAUUCUAGCCGAAAUUUAACAUAUCAGAGAUUCGCUCGCAGAGAAAGAAACGCAGUGUCUACGACAACAAAUGAUUCAGUAACUGCUGCUUUACAGCGCCUAGAACAAAUAUCCACUAAUAUAAAUAAUCCACCACAUUUUGAUGAAUUUCAUUAUUUUGGUCUUAAUGUAGCUUCGCAACUACGCGCACUGCCAUUAAAUUUAGCAUUGGAUGUGCAAGCUGAAAUUCAAGCAAGUUUACUAUUGCUAGACGUCGACAGUUGUAUCCAAACAUUGGAAGCGUAUCCAUUCCUACUAUGUACACCCCAAAUCAACCAAUUGUAA